UUCUGACUCCAUUACUCGUGUAUCGUACCUAAGUUUAUGUUUUUAUUUAAAUUGAUUUUUUGUGUGUAGGUGUGCUGAUGAGCGGCCACAUGCAGACAUGAUACAAGCCAGGUCAAUCACUUCAUUUAUUACGGUAUAGCCUAAUUCCUGAAUUCCCAGAAAUUUGGGCCUACGGCACAAUAAAUAACAAAAUAUUCUAUUCAGCCAAUACCAUACCGUAACCUAUUUAUCUUGUUAGCCUCGAGGUUGCUUCUGUCCAGGAAAUGCUGGAAUGUUUUUACUCUACUGGCACCUUUAAGUUUAUAUUCAGUAGAGCACAGUUCUCUGAUUCCAAGAUGUCCUGACAUUUAGUUCAAAAAAACAAACACUCAAUUUGUCUCUAAAAGAAGGGCUUGUGGCAUGACGGCAGACGCGUCAAUCUGGAUAUCCAGACUGUCUUGUGAAGGAGGGGUUUGCAAUUCCUUUUAUAAUUGAUGUCUUUUAUUGUGGGGGCUAUUCUUGGAAUUGGAGAACUGCGCUGUACUAAUAUUAGUCAUUGGAAUGCAGCAUACUUCAUACGGUAAGUUCUAUUUGCCAAUCUCAAUAUCCGAGUAUGCUCUGGACAUUAUUCUCAUAUUUACAGAAUAACUCACUUUUCGAAUUCUCAAAUUUAUUUUACAGAAUAUAAAUUCAUUAUACUGAUGUUAUAAUCUUAAUAAUGCCACGUAAACUUGGCUACAGCAUCGUUGGAAGCACUGGGGAAUCUGAAGGCUAUUCUGCCAGAAAUUUGGAAGAGCAUAGUCCGACUGUAGCAGGAUGGCAAACCCCACGCUUCUGCGUUUAUCCACAAGAGUUGAUUGUUCAACUGAAAGAACCAGCAAGGCUGAAAAAACUACAACUUUUAGCUCAUCAGUAUCUCAUUCCAACGAAAGUUGAGUUUUAUAUCGGGGGUGUCGAUGGUUCCAGGAAUUUUAAACGACUUGGUUAUAUAUAUUUAUCCAGUAAUGAGAAAACUGGUUACAAAUCGAGGGAAUUGAAGUCGGUUCAUGUUGAUACAGAAGGCACAAUGCUGAAGCUCGUUUUGCAUAAAAACCAUUUAAACAAAUUUAACUUGUAUAAUCAGGUUAGCAUCAUGGCUUUCAAUAUUAUCGGCGAUUUACAAUCUGAUCAAAAUGAGCUGCGAAAUAGCGGGAAUUUCUUAAACGACAGUCCACAUAAAAAUCCUGAUUAUAUAUCUCCGAUGGAUGAUUUGGCCUUUGACCUUUAUCAGGACCCAGAAGUUGCAAGAAUUAUCCGGCGUUUGGAUACGCAAAAAAAUGAGUGUGUCAGACUAGAAAAUUUUGACGCUGCUAAAAAGAUGAAACAAGCGAUUGCAGAUUUACGAAAAGUUGGUGAAAAACUUGCGAGGUACGAACUAGAUAAAAGAAAGGCCGUGGAAGACGAAGAUUAUGAUCUUGCAAAAAGCAAGAAAGCACAAAUGGAAGAAUAUCGUUUAAAAGUUUAUCAACAAUUACGUAAUUACGGCCUUGUUGAAGAAGCUGGGAUCCCACAUUACUUUGAAAUGGAAAACCCUCUUCCUAGAGAUUCUUACCAGCGUGAAGAGCCUCCACGGCAUCAACAUUACGCUGCAGAAGAUCGCCAGCCUUACGCACAACCGGACACUGUGCCAAAUACAGCGCUAUCUCCUGUGGCUGAAGCAUCGAGCGUUGUAUCUCCAAGACAAACGGAGGAUGGCACUCUCAGUCCACAAGCAUCCCAACAUCCUCAUCAUGAAUUGGAACACACACAAGAAUUACAUGAUGAUAGUUUUCAAAGUAUUGCUUCCCCGAGAACUGAUGUCCGUGCAUCAUAUGAUGAUAAAAUUAUUCCUGCGUUGAACAAGAAAAAUGCCCCUCCAGCUGAAGAACCACCAUUGGACACCGACACUUUACCUCCAGGGGCGGAAAGAAAUGUUCCAAGCGGAGAACCAGAACCUAUGUCAGAAAAAAGCAUUCGAGAAGCGUCAUCAGCUAUUGAUGUUUUUGGUUUGCCUUUGAUUUCAGGAGCGUAUUCAAAAACGUUUUCCUUUCGAGAAGAUGCUCUUUUGGCGAUGUAUAAAAAGCUGAAAGAACUACCACCUGAUACCAGUAAAGAUCAACUUAAAGCAUAUCUUCGAGCUACGGUCUUCAUCUUAAAGCGUCUAAUACGAGACAAGGUUCAUUCCGUGUUCACAGCUUCUUUACAAGUACUGGAACUUCUUCUGACAUUCUUUAUUCCCCAGCACCAUCUUGGGAAGAACGACCUAUCGUAUACGAUCAAUCAGACUUUGCCGAAACUCAUUCAAAAAACUGGAGAAUCUGUAGCAAGAGCACGUGGCACUGCACUCGACUUUAUCGACAAGAUGUCUGUAUUUCCGAAUGUCCGCGCCACUCACAUUCUGCCGCAUACUGUUGUGCAACCUUUCGGACACGACACUGCAACACGUUUAGCGCAGAGUCGAGUUGAAAUUGUGAGCAGGAUGAUUAAAUCUUUAGGGUUAGAGGCACAGGCAUUUACAGCUGAGGUUGUAAUGGAUUUCUGUAUGCCAGCUUUGGAACACAAUUCGGGCGCUGUUCGAGAUGCAACAUGCCAAGUUAUUUAUCAAGUGUAUCGUCUCGCGGGCGCAGUUGUAAAGAGUAAAUUACCACCGGACGAGCCUUCUACUCGGAAAAAUAUCAUGUAUCGAAAUAUCUUUGACGAAAUGGAUAGAAUUGAUGGUAAACCCACAAAAGCUGAAUUGAAAGCACAACGAGAACGUGAAACGAAAGCGAACGAAAAGAAAAAACAGGCUGAAAUACAAGAACUUCAAUCACAAAUUGAACAACUUAGAAACGUUAAUGCAAAAAUACAACCUCAGAAAGAUACUGGGAAAAAGCAACAGCCACAGGCAGAAAAUCAAGCCGCACCGAGCGAAAGUCAAGAUGGUGACGAUACAUCAGCUUAUUUAGAUCGCUUGUGUAUAUUUUGCGGAGAACAUGACGAAAGUUUCAAUGAUGAAGGCCUUGAUCUCCAUUACUGGAAAAACUGUCCAAUGUUAAAACGUUGCGAGCAUUGCAAACAAGUCGUUGAAAUAUCAACGUACACCGAUCAUUUGAUUUCCGAAUGCGAUAAAAAAGGCUCGUUUGGAAAAUGUAGCAGGUGUUCGGAAGCGAUCAACCUUCCUGACCUUCAAAAACAUGUCGCCGAUAAAAAAUGCUUGAUCAACAAAGCAGAUAAGCACUCAAGGUGUCCGAUGUGUCACAAGAACAUCCAACUAGGAGAGGAAAGUUGGAAAUCCCAUCUUAUGGGGUCAGGAAGAGACGCUUGUCAAGAAAAUCCAAGACGAGUACCAUCGCUUAACAGAUUGAAAGGAAAAUCGGAGCAAUCUAAAACGGCUGGAAAUGCUUCACGAGGAAGAAAGCCCACAGCAGGGAAGCAUUAGAUUUACUAAUAUAAUGUUAUAUUAGAAAAGUAGUUUUUUGUUAAUAAUGAAUUCAUAUCACUGUGGCAUAAUAUGGUGUGUCUUCACCAUUCAAAAUACAUUAUUAUUAAAAGAGCGGAUUCAGUGGCUUUACCAUUCGUUUGCGGCAAAAAAGCUGACUCAGAACUCCACAGUGUUGAGUCUGUGACAUAAUAUGGUGUGUCUUCGCCAUUCAAAAACAUUUGUACAAAGUGAAUUCAAAGAGAAAUCUUGUCUGACUUUGAAUCAAAAUUUGACCCGGGAUAACAAAAUAAUUUGCUUCCUCACACUUAUAUGCUGGUGGAACUUUCUUGAAAACUUGCCGUGAGAAGACCUUGAUCAAUUGGUGGCUCUAGCAUUCGAUAACGACUUGCAACUCCACAAUAAUGUGUCGAGUUGAAUCAGAUCUAUAAUCUAAUAUUACAAAUGUUUUUACUGCAUUCUCUGUUGGACUCGCAUUGAAACAUGCUGUAGUGUUGUUUCGGUUGAAUUGGAUAGUUUAUCGUGUACUAUUUUACGUAACUAUGUCUGGCCUUUCUGUUCUAUUUGCUGCAAGGCAUAUGAAAUAUAACAAAAAUGUGUUUGUGAUAAAGGGCAGCAAGGCUCUUAAAUUACAGCAUUACUGCUGGGUGGUGAAGGGCAUGAGAAGUGAACAGGGGACAUGUGUAAGCUGCGUCGCUUGGGAUUCCAACACAGUUAAGUCCAAUUAGGUCAUCGCAUUGGAAAAUCAUUUUCAAGAUUUUUAAUUGUUGAACAAUGGUGUGUAUACUUUGAAUGAUGAUUCUGUUUAAAUUUUAAAUUUAACAUAUUUUGCACUUUUUUUUGUUACUAUCUUUAUUGUUUGUUCCAGUGUUGUUUUUACUCUCACCAUUAACAUUACACAUUUAGGGUAGGGAUCACAUACACUGAAAUGGAUAGAUUUCAUAUGUAUUCUUUUCUGAACUUGCUUGUUUAUUGUUGUGGGCUCUUGUUUAUCUCAAAACAGAAUAGAGUAAUUUUUAUUAUUAGUUUAGAAUAAACUGAAUAUUUUGGUUUUCAAAAAUAGUUUAGGAAUGUAUUUUGGAUGAUAGAUUCUUCGAUUAAAAUUUGCCAUUUUUGUAAAUUAAGCAUGAAUUAGCCUAUUUCAAAUCAGAAAUCUGUAAUAUCUAUCCCCGCAAUAUUAAGUCUGGUAAAAUAUCUCUCACAUUGCUGUAAAUAUUGCUACCAAGGCUGAAAAUAAUUUUUAUACGUUAUAUUUAUGCACCUUUUGCUUUAAACAAUGCUCUGCACAGGAGCUCCCAUGACCCACUGUCAGUUCAAGAGCCUGGUUCGGCAGUUCGGCCUACCCAGUUUAUUAUGACAUGGAAUUUGAAAUCAAUAUUUUCACUUGUGAUGCAGUGUCAAAGGUUUUGACCACCACGCUCACAAAAAUACUUUUCAAAAUCAAGCAAAUAGUUAUCAUAUAGUCCGAAAUUUCUGUUAAAUUUAUAGUUUUAGAGCAAUUGAAGUUCCAUCAGUAUACCAUAAACUAUAAUUUAUUUUAAAUUAUAGUAAAAGUCUGAUAGGCAAUAUAGAUGAAAUAUAAUAGGCAAAUAUUAAAGUUUACUUCAUACCAAAUCUCAAACAUCUUUUUUUAAACGAUUCCUAUUUAUGCCUUUUGCCCCAAUCUCAAGACUCUCUGAUAUCCAACAAUAUGUAAAAAUACCUUACAUCAAGAAAUAACAAGGUAGUGUGUAUUGGGAGAUAUAGUUUUAUGUUUUAUAAAAUGUUUUGAAUAAUUUGUAAAUAUCCAUGCUCCUCCCUCCGAUCAAGACUUCAACAAUAUGUGAAAAUAUCUCAAAUAUCUUACAUCAAGCUGGUGUGUAUUGGGAGAAAUCGUUUCAUGUUUUUUAAAAUGUUGAAUAAUUUGGCAAGCACUAACAGUUCAUAUAUUUCUGUAUUAUUCAUUCAAUUUUUAUUUGUACAGUUUUGUAGUUUAGUUUAUCCUUCUUGAAUUGUGUUAUAAAUAUUCUUAAAAAGUAUAAUUUGGUAGACAUAA